CAGACACCUUUGUUUCUUUCGGUAUAUCAAAGGAAUAUCCCAUUCAUUGGAUAGUUACUGGAUAAUGGAGCAGAUCCAAACAUUCAAGGAACUCUGUAUACAGGUCGUGAUGAGUAUAUAUGGCGGUCACCCCUACACCUCGCAGCAAUGAAGGGAGAUGAAUGGCUAUGUGUAGUGCGCUUAUUGCUGUCAAAAUCUCCACAAACCAACAUUAACUUGUUCAGCCAUGGAGAUAAGUUAUCUGCCCUUCAUUUGGCCCUGAAACAACACACCGACAUAAACAGUUGUAGACAGGUGAUCCUGGAGUUGAUCAAUAAGGGAGCUGAUAUCAGUCUAAGGGAACAGGCUAGCAGCAAAACUCCAUUCAUGUUGGCAUUGGAAACACGUGAUCUCAACCUUGUGCAAGAAUUUCUCAACAGAUUCCCUGCUGACAGACAACGAGCCAUACUGCAAGAGCAAGCACGCUCAGGAGACACAUGCCUUCACAUAGCAGCCGGGUUGUCACGAAUAAACUCUCAAGAUAAGGAAAAGUUGCUCCGGUUCCUGGUGACACAUGAUGCAAAUGGAAAUGUAACCAAUAAUGUAAAUGAACUUCCAAGAGACUUUGCUAGAAAAGAGUGGGACAACAUUCGUAAAACCUGAUGUAAUCCUCAUCAAAUGGCCAGUAUGUGCUGUAAAUAUGGACAUUUGUUAUGUACACAGCUGGUAUAUGCCAUGUAAAAGGACAGCCAUAAUAUACACAGAAUGAUAUGCUGUGUAAUGUAUCCAGCUCAGGCAUUCAUGCUAGACUACACAUUAUGACAAGAUUGGUAAAUCUGAUGCAAGACUAUUUUAUAAAAUGAUAAUUCAAUACAUUAGUUGCUUAUUCUGUUUUACAUGUAUGUGAAUAGGGCCAAGUAAAAAAGUAAAAAAAGUGUAUAGAUGUUAAGCAUAUUACUUAAAGGUGUUCUAGUCUUUUAUGGGGCAAAAAGUAUGUUUUAUUUUUUGUUUUAAAGUAAAUUGUUCAUUUAAGUUUAUACAAUAAUUGAAAUUUUCUGUUAAAACCUUUCAAAUAAUGACAACUUGUGAUACAUUGUGAAUGUAUAAAUGUAUAAUAAAUCCAUUCCGUUAUUUGGAGAAAUCCAUUGAAGAUUAUUACAGAGUAAAUUGUACAUAUUAUUUUAGAGCAAAUGGCCUUGUGUCUGAAGGUUAAAGAGACAAAAAAAUUGUUAUCAUAACUAUUAUAUGUGUUAUAAGCAGGUUUUUCUUCAACACCCACCCACCCCCAAACCCACAAACACAUAAUGAGACCUUCCACUGUGAUAUCAGAUUCAGUUAUUAACAUUCUGAAUAGCUUAGAGAUUAUUUUUUUAUGAUGAAAGAUGUAAAAAAAGUUCAUAUUUUUCCAACAGUUAUUGUUACCCUUUAUGUUUGUAUGCUGAUAUGGUUGGUCUCAAUUCAAGAUGAAGAACUAAAAAAAAUAGUUCUGUGAACAGUAUUUAAUUUAUCUUUUGAGGAAGUCCAAAACUUUUAAUAAGACUUUGUGUGAUUACAAAUUAAAUCUAAAUUAAAAUUUAUUGUUAUGUAAAAAUGAUUGUAUUUCCAAUGGAAAGUACAAGCAUGGGCUUUAGCAGAACUCGUAACAGACGUUUUGAAUGGACUCUAAUUUUCCAAAGGACCAGAAAAUAUAGAAACAAUAUUAAAAAAAGACCUUUCUAUAUAUGAGCCUUUCAUGACAGGAGGUAUAUAUAUAUAACAGGAAAUGAAUGCUUAUCCACGUAAUAUUCCUUUUAUUAAGCUUUUCAAAUAUUUUUUAUAUUAGAAUAGAAUUAAUACAUAUUUUUUAUGCCCCCCCCCCCUUCGAAGAAGGAGGAGUAUAUUGUUUUGCAGAUGUUGGUCUGUAAAUAAAAAAUGGUUGAUCGGUAUGUAGACCAGUCCAUUUCCGGA